CCGGGGGGAGGGGUGGGUUUAGCUUGGAGGGAAUGCAAAGGGCUUGAUGCACAAGAAGAGCAAGGGGGUGUUGGGGUGAAGCGCGCAGAGAGCGCGUACAUGCUAUUGUUCGUGUCCUGUGUAAGGAACAAAGGGGUCUUGCUUGCAUUGGCUCUUUGCUUUUCUGCUUAUGGUCUGCCAAGAAGGCCUUCCCUUUUUUUGCUCCUGUAAAUCGGUAGAGGACUGGAUAAAGUAAUUCCCUGCGCCAUGGGCUUUUAAGAUGGUUGUUGCUAUGUUCCAGUUCUCCGGGCUCAAGGGUCUGUGAGUGAUCGGGCUUGGAGAGCCGCAGGAGCGCAGAGCCUUCUUCCUGGACAGGCUGUUCGUCCAAGUCGUUCAAGCUGUACUCCCCAAAGGAGCCUCCCAACGGUAGUGCCUUCCCCCCUUUUCACCCUGGCACAAUGCUGGACAGAGAUGUGGGACCGACACCAAUGUAUCCCCCCUCAUACAUGGAACCUGGAAUAGGGAGGCACACACCGUAUGGAAAUCAAACAGACUACAGGAUAUUUGAACUCAAUAAACGACUACAGAACUGGACAGAGCAGGACUGUGACAAUCUGUGGUGGGAUGCAUUCACUACAGAGUUUUUUGAAGAUGAUGCAAUGUUGACCAUCACAUUUUGUUUGGAAGACGGGCCCAAACGAUACACCAUUGGUCGGACGUUGAUCCCUCGCUACUUUAGGAGUAUAUUUGAGGGUGGAGCCACUGAGCUCUUCUAUGUACUGAAGCAUCCCAAGGAGUCCUUUCACAGCAACUUCGUCUCUCUCGACUGCGAUCAGUGCACCAUGGUCACGCAGAACGGCAAGCCCAUGUUCACACAGGUUUGUGUAGAAGGAAGGCUGUAUCUGGAGUUCAUGUUUGACGACAUGAUGCGCAUAAAGACGUGGCACUUCAGCAUCAGACAGCACCGUGAAGUCGUACCACGCAGCAUAUUGGCCAUGCAUGCCCAGGACCCUCAGAUGCUUGAUCAGCUUUCAAAAAACAUCACAAGAUGUGGGUUAUCCAAUUCAACGUUAAACUACCUCCGACUUUGCGUAAUCCUGGAGCCCAUGCAGGAGCUGAUGUCCAGACACAAGACAUAUAGCCUCAGUCCCCGAGACUGCUUAAAGACCUGUUUAUUUCAGAAAUGGCAAAGGAUGGUUGCCCCACCAGCUGAGCCAGCAAGACAAGCACCUAACAAGAGGCGGAAAAGAAAGAUGUCAGGUGGCAGCACCGUGAGUGCUGGUGGUGGCAACAACAACAACAGCAACAGCAACAGCAAAAAGAAGAGUCCAGCCAGCAGCUUUGCGCUCUCCAGCCAGGUACCUGAUGUGAUGGUGGUGGGUGAGCCCACUCUGAUGGGAGGGGAGUUCGGGUACGAGGAUGAGCGACUGAUCACACGGCUUGAGAACACGCAGUUUGAUGCAGCCAAUGGCAUCGAUGACGAGGACAGUUUCACCAACUCUCCAGCCCUGGGCAACAACAGCCCCUGGAACAACAAAGCUCCCUCCAGCCAGGAGAGCAAGAGCGACAACCCCACCUCACAGUCAGCCCAGUAGACUACAGCACUCACUAUGGAGAGCUAGGGAAAAGCAUGAAGACGAUAGAGGGAGUUUGAAAUACCCGUCUUUUGCUCAGAAUGGCACUCGCGUUAUAGUUCUUUAAGUCGGCCUCCCUGUCGUAGUGUUCUGCUCGGAGGAAUCCUAACUGGCCAGACUCUAUUCUCCAGCGUGUGAAAUUGUGCUAUUUGCAAAUUGCUGUAGGAUUUAUGUUUAAUAUUUGAAAUAUUGUUUUAUUACACUGAAAUGAUCUCACUGUGCAUUUGUGCUGGAGAGAAACUAGUUUUCCCACUCUGGUGGAAAAAAAAAAAAUCAGUGUCUGGUCUGUUUUGGGUUCUCUGAGCAGAGUUAGUGAAGGCAGCCAUGUCUGUGGGUUCUUGUUCCAACCUCGGGUCUCUGUGUGUGCUGUGCUUGACAAUGCAUGGCGGUUUCUGUUGUGCUCACUUCAAAGGGAAGGGUUCUUUUCCAUUUAUCUGGUGAUAACCAUUGUGUGCACCUCAGAUUUAAAACCAGCUCCUUCUUAUUUGAUUUCAUUUUAUUUUAAACAAAAAAGAAAAACCUGAAUUAUUUGUUUUGUAGGACCUGGUUGGAACAAAAACCUGUACAGUUCCGGAGCUUGAGGACCGGAGUUGAGAACCACUACGUAAAGUCUAAAAUGUAAAUGAAAAAGUGUAAACCUUGAUGGUACGGGAGUACUGGUCAUGCUCAGUAUGGUCAUAUGCAGAAGUUGCCUGCCAUGAAGCCAGGCUCAAAAGAGGUGUAUUAUUGUUUUUUGUUUGUUUGUUUCCUUUGUUUUUUGUUUUUUAAAUAUUGUUUUUGUUUUUUAUUUUUAUAUCAAUUUGUAAGGGGAAAAUUAUAAGCAAGUUAAAACACCCUGAAUAUCCUUUGCACUGUUGUCACUGUAUUCUCAAUCUAUUUUUCUUACAAAAGUAUAGUACAUUUUGUUCUUUUUAUCCUUCCCUGUUAAAACGUUGAAUUUGAUUAAAUCUGUAACUGGAGAAUGGUAGAGAUUUAUAUAUAUAUAAUGCUUUUUAUUAUUAUUAUUAUUAUUAUUAUUAUUAUUAUGCUUUCCAUGUUUGAGACGCAAGUUGACUUCCUGUUAAAUGUAUACUAAAAUUAGUUUUAUCAUAGCAUGUGUGUCUGGAAACUGCAUGUUUCAGACAUUAGCUAUUUCCACUGUAAGUCUCAAUCUGUCCGAGAUGUUACUCGUUAGAGUAAUCAUAGCGGGAGGUACAUUACUCCAUAUGUCUGUGCCCAUACUUUAAUCUAGGAGCUUUGAGUUGCGAAUGGUUAUGUUUUUAGUCUUUUCAAGGACGUUGUCAACUCAAAACCUCUAGAAAACUUCAUGACGCUGACCAAAUGUUCUCAAAUGCAAAGCAUAAUGCCUCUUUCUCAUUAGUAAAUACUCACCUUAUGUAAUUACUUUAGUCUCCCAAGAUUUUUUUCUUUUAAUUUUCAAAUGCUACAGACCAAGAAGCUAUGAGCAAGAUACUUUAUCUCAGCCCUUGUGUAUUUGUUUCUAUGAAGAAUUCUUUUCAUAUUUUUGUUUGUGUAUUUGUGCUGUAUAUUUAAGACUGUAGCUAAGUUCUGUAUAAGUGUAAUUGUAUUUACUCUUCUUUAGAGCAUCCCUACGGACUUGCAGUUUAAUGAAGAAAA